CAAGAGCACGAUUGGUGUGAGCUUGUUCCUCUUUUCCCCACCUUAGAUGCGUACAGCUUAAACUUCCUCCUGCAAGUCCAGUGUGCUGUGCUCCGCCGCCCUGUCAACAUAUCCGGGAUGACCCACACGAGUUAGGAAGGGAUGGAAAACACUUAAAAGAAAUGAGGAAUAUUCGACACCCGCUCAUCCGAAUUUAGAAGAUCAUUUAUAACCAAAGAGAUACUAGUCGAAGCGACUGACUAAAGCGCGAAUUCACCAUGGGUUGUGUGGGCUCAAAAAAGGAGCAAGAGCCUCACAGCAAAGGAACAGGUAAUGAUGAUCUGCAGAACCGAGCACAGACCGCCCACUAUGUCAAAGACCCAACCACAGGAAACUCUGGGAAUAAAGCUGCCAAAAUGCCUUCCAAUGCAAACAUUGCAGAUGGGGAGAGUAUUGCCAUGGCACUGUACGACUAUGAGGCCAUUCACGAGGGAGACCUUGGCUUCAAGAAGGGAGAUAAGCUGAAAAUCUUAGAAGAAUCAGGCGAGUGGUGGAGAGCUAUGUUAAUCAGCACAGGUCAGGAAGGCUACAUCCCCAGUAACUAUGUAGCCAAAGAUACUCUGGAGGCAGAGGAGUGGUUCUUUAAGGGCGUAAGCAGGAAAGAUGCUGAGAGGCAGUUGCUGGCCCCUGGGAACAAAAUUGGAUCCUUCAUGAUCCGAGACAGUGAGACUACCAAAGGCAGCUACUCUCUGUCUGUCAGGGACAAUGAUCCUCAGUCCGGCGACACAGUGAAGCAUUAUAAGAUUCGUACACUGGAUAAUGGAGGAUUCUACAUCUCUCCCCGCAUCACUUUCACCACCCUGCAGGAGCUGGUCAGCCAUUACAAGAAGCAAGGAGAUGGUCUCUGUCAGUCCCUGACCAACCCAUGCUUGAGUCCAAAACCUGAAAAGCCAUGGGAGAAGGAUGCGUGGGAAAUCCCAAGAUCUUCACUCAAACUGGACAAGAGGCUUGGUGCUGGCCAGUUUGGAGAAGUGUGGAUGGCCACAUACAACAAACACACCAAGGUAGCAGUGAAGACCAUGAAGCCUGGCAGCAUGUCAGUGGAAGCCUUCAUGAUGGAGGCCAACCUCAUGAAGACUCUACAACAUGACAAAUUGGUUCGACUUCAUGCUGUCGUCAGCAAAGAGGAGCCAAUCUAUAUUAUCACAGAGUUCAUGGAGAAAGGUAGUUUAUUAGACUUCUUAAAGAGUGAUGAGGGCAACCGAGUCCAGCUUCCAAAGCUCAUUGACUUCUCUGCUCAGAUUGCAGAGGGGAUGGCCUACAUUGAGCAGAGGAACUACAUCCACAGAGACUUGAGAGCUGCCAACAUCCUGGUCAAUAAGGCUUUGGUGUGCAAGAUUGCCGACUUUGGCCUGGCUCGUAUCAUUGAAGACAACGAGUACACAGCCAGGGAAGGUGCUAAGUUCCCCAUUAAAUGGACAGCCCCUGAGGCCAUAAACUACGGUUCUUUCACAAUCAAAUCUGAUGUCUGGUCCUUUGGCAUCUUGCUGACUGAGAUUAUCAGCUAUGGGCGUACACCAUACCCCGGUAUGACCAAUCCAGAAGUGAUCCGCCACUUGGAGAAGGGCUACCGAAUGCAACGUAUGGAUAGCUGUCCCAAGGAACUAUAUGACAUCAUGAUGGAGUGCUGGAAGAACAAACCUGAGGACCGCCCCACCUUUGAUUACCUGCAGAGCGUCCUGGAGGAUUUCUACACAGCCACAGAGAGCCAGUAUCAGCAGCAGCCAUGAGGCUAAUGUUUCAGAGCACCUCCAUUCACACCUACUGUAACUUCUACAGGAAGCAAUGCAGCUCAGGUCACACACACAUAUAUACUAUCUCUACCGUUCUGUCUAUCUGCCUCUCAAUCUCUUUCUAAUUUAUAAACAUAUAAUGCUUAGUAAUAAGGGACUGUACAGCAAUUAUAGAUGGAUGAAAGUUUUCUUUAAGGAAGCAGCCACAAUGUAAGAUUCUUAAUUUUGUUAAUAGUCCCACAGGUUUGUUAUAUCUGCAGCCUCUGAUAUAAUAAGUGAUGCACAAACACAUCCGUCAUUUGUACCUGUAGUCAUUUUUUUGUAGUCAUUUUAUUACAGACUGCACGUAUCAUGGAUUACUGUAAGGAUGAGGAAUGUUACGCACAGGACACAUUGUCUGACAUUUUGGGAUGGGUGAGUUGCAUUACUUCAUUUUGCAGGCGAGGCAUGGGUUAGAAGGACCAGAAAGACUCUCCUGAAAAGCGUAUUUCCAGGAACUCUGGAGGAAUUGCAAAACCAGAGUCUACAUGUAGUCUACAUGUUCCAGGGAAAUAAUUUUACCUCCAAAAACCUCCCCCCACAAAGUCCAAGAACUCUAGAUUCCAGGAACUUUAGGGGUGGAGCUUUCCGUUUUUCAACCUUUCUGUUUUCUAGAAUAACACCAACUUGUCUGAACUGGAGGAGUUUGUGGUAUAGCUCUAUAUGAUGGUAUAGUGCUUCCAAGCGUUUCCACAUGCAAGCAGACUAGUUUACCUAACCAAAAGGAGGUCUAGACUUUCAUAACCAAUGCAUGACGUAACCUUUUAGUUCCUUGAAAAAAAGAUUCCUGGGUAAUAUGUAUAUGUACUGCACGUGAAGAGCGCCUGCAGAGUUCAGAAUGGCGAAUUUGCAAGAGACAGAAAACUAUUUUACUAAACAAAAACAAACUAUAAAUAGCCCUGCGUGUUUUUGUUCUUAUCAGCACUGUAAUUUGUGUACAGUCCCUAACAUUCGAAUGCCUUUGAAGGGUUUUUUUAAGCUCAUAUUAAACCAUAACUCUCUCACUCACAAAAUAUUAUGGUAGCACAAACAUGGCCCCAUUCACAAACACCUGGAGAUUGCUGUUAUGCUCUAGCGCACAUUGUCCAGCCAUCAACCACAACACAGAUGUUCACAGGAAAAUGUGUCCAGCUCUGAUAAAACUAUAAUCAAACAAGCAAUCCUGCCACUGCUCACCAUCCUCCCAUAAAACUGUGGUGUUUCACAGGAAAGCGGGUAUUGUCUGGCUGGUUGUGCUUAAAUGUACUAUUUAUACUUUUCAUUAUGCUGUGGAUUCAGCAUUACUUCUUUAUAGUGCCUUUUGCAGUGGAUCUUUCUUGCAUAUUCUGUAUAGACAUUGAUAUAUAUGAAGAGAUGCAAAAAUUCAGCUAAUGAUACUUGAUGAUUCCUAAAUGUUUCUCUUUUAUUACUUAAAUUAUUGAGAAAGCAGUGCAUAGGUACAUUUCACAUUAUACAUUUUUAAUUUUAUGAUCUGAACACCAUUGUAUCUUCAAUGGAAGUGUCUUCCUAACAACAAAAGCCUUUUUUUUUCUUUCUUUUUUGUGAAGGAACGAUGACUGCUCUAUUUUAUUUUCAUUAUGUAUCUCAUCUUGAAAAUAGUAGAUUUCUUGCACAAUACAACAAGCAUUUUCUUCUGUAGUUGAUCAGUAAUAGUAAAUCAUAUACUAAAAGCAAUGCUAUGUUUACUACUUGAGUGGUUCUAAUGCAUUUCAGGGGCCCCAGAUGUCACGGGAGCUUUUUGAGGGAAAUGUAAGAUUUCAUGAUUUCAUGCUGUGACAAAUUUAAUGCCAUUCAUAGAGUGGGAACUGUGAGCAAAACAUAUGAGAGCUUUUUUCCUUAUAUAAAGAGGUAUGAUUCAUUAACAAUGGUGACUAAAUCAUUGCCAGCACUGUAUAUAGUUAUAUUCACAAAGUUGAGGAUAUUUUAGUGUUUUUCUUAAUUCUUCGAUAUAAAACCCUUGUAAUAUUUGUGAGAUGCUUGAUUCUGUCAAUGCAACUGUCAUGAAACAGAAUAAACUACUUUAAAAACUA